AGCAGUUUUUUAACAUUUCAUGUUUCAAACUCGUCAGAUAUAUCUAUCCUCUCGUUUUCUUUUGAGUACCGGGACCACUUUAUAGCUACUACCACUGUCUUUCCGCCAUGGACUCUGUAGUAACUGAAACUUCAAUGGAAACGGACAGUCUUCUUACGGAAGAAGAAAGCGAAACAGAAUUUACAGAAAAAGAAAAGGAAGAGGAUAGCGAAACAGAAAUUGCAAAUAUAAAAAAGGAAGAAAAUAAAGAUUUAUUUUGGAAGUUUAUUAAAACAAAGUUAACAGGAAAAGAAAAGCUAUCUUCUUUCACUGGCAGAGUUGUUGUUUGGAAUGACUUGAAUGUUGAACAGUCACAAGCACUUAUAGAUGCUCCAACGCUGAAUGAUGUGAGAGAUAUUCUUGCUGAAAUUUUCAAUCUCACUAAUUAUGUGGAGGAUCUCCAAGAAGAGAUUCUGCUUCACCUGUAUGUAUAUACUGUGCAAUAUGCAAGGGAUAAAGAAUUCUCAACUAAACAGUUGUCUGCUUAUUUUUCAAUUGUGAAAAAUGUUCAUGAAUUCUGUGUGGAAAACACCUUUGUUAGAAUUGAUAAAACGUUUGACUAUUUUGAGGAAGUCCUCAUCCGUCAUUGUUUCCUGCGUCCGCCAUAUAACAUGGAACUGUUUUCAAUAUCAGAAGCAAGAAAGAUAGCCUAUCACCUGGUUGACACAUAUUUUAGACACUUUAAACUCUACAAGUAUGCAUUCACUCCUCAGGUGAUGCUGGAUUUAGUUUUGAGCUAUGUUGGAGAGUCUGAUUCUGCUGUAACCCAAGCCACAGGUGUUUCAUUGGAGGAAGGUAAAUCUGAAAUUCAAGGUUCCGAAGAAGAAAUUUUAAGCCCUGAAAAACAAUUGGAAUUGUUAAGGAAUUCUGAAAAAGAAAAAGCUAAGGCAUAUCUGAGAAACAUGAUCACAGAAUUCUUACAAGGAAAGAUCAAAGAAAUAAAAUUGUCAGUUCAAGGAAAGUUGAAAGAUUCUGAAAAAAUAGUGAAUACUAAACUGGAUGAAGCUGGUUACAGCCGUUACCUCAAAAAAGGAAGACCUAGACUCGGCAAAUCUGGAAGAACAAACUAACAAAAACCUAAAUAAAUUACUAUAACAUAAUAUAAAUGGAAAUAUAAAUGCGAUGGCAUUUUAUUCUUUGCUACGGUAAAUAAUAAUAAUAAUAAUAAUAAUAAUAAUAGUGCUCAUGGGAACUGCCCAUAUCCUACGUAAAAUACUGUCUAUGUGAUCUCAAAUUUUAAAACAAACACAUAAUUUUCUUAUGGUUUCAUAAACAUUCUCUAGAACAACACUAUGUACAAAUCGAAAUAUAUGGUACCCUAGGCAUAACACCUACAUGAACUUCUAACUUGUUGUCUCUUGAGGUCUCUGGGUGAGACUUGGACAAAG